GAUAAAAGCAAUUAUUUCUCUCUCUCUAAUUAGGACUUUAUUUUUCUUUUCUUUUUGUUGUAUCAACCUAGAGGCGUGGACGAUGGGUUGUGUUGUCAAAUUUCGAGGUUGGGGGGCCUGUAGUUUUGUUGUUUUGUGGGUCGCUGUGAUGCCAUCACUCUUUUAUAUAGAUAUAUAUAUAUAUAGAUAUAUAUAGAUAUAUAGAUAUAUAUAUAUAUUCUUGAGUAUAAGCUGACCCAAAUAUAAGCCAACCAGGACCCUCACCCGAGUAUAAGCCGAGGGGGGCUUUUUCAGUCUUAAAAAAAGGGCUGAAAAACUAGGCUUAUACUCGAGUAUAUACAGUAUAUGUGUUUUAUAUUUGUAAGCCGCCCUGAGUCCACUUAUUGGGUGAGAAGGGCGGGGUAGAAAUAUUAUAAUAAAUAAAUAAAUAAAAGAAGAAAGGGGGGAGGCAGAGAGAGAGGGAAGGGAGAAGAAGAAGGGAAGAGAAAGAAAAGAAGAAAUAGGAUAGAAAAGUGGGAAAAGCAAGGGAAGAAAAGAGAGAAGGUAUAAUUCAGGAGAAAUAGGAAGGUAAAAUGAUACAACUCUUCCCGUUCUUGUAGAGUGGGAUGAUCACUCUAACAUUUUCAUAGCUCUAUGGCUCCGAAAAGGCUUCUCGCCUCCUGAUUGGCUGCUUCCCCUGGAAUUCCUGGGACAUUGGAUCCUGCAUGCUUUGGGCAGGCAAACUGCAGGCAAGUUGCAGAUGAUUGACUUGCUAAAGAAGGCGGGAAGGAGGGAGGUUGCAAGGCUCCCUUCUGUUUUUUCUCCCCAGGGCUGAUCCUACAACUACUCUGCUGACUUUCUCCCUUUACUAACAACGUCUCCAAUGCCGGGUCCUUUUGCACUUCGAGGAAUUCGCAGCACGAAUAUUUCUGUGUGCCCAGAAAACAUGGCAGAAGCUCCAGCUGGAUCCGGAAAGGUGACCCUUUUCAGCCAGAAGAAGCGAGGAGGACUCACCUACCGCAUCCCAGCAUUGCUGUACCUGCCCUAUGAAUCCACUUUCCUGGCCUUUGCAGAAGAACGGUCCUCGCCCAGAGAUGAAGAUGCCAAGUUCCUGGUGGUGAGGCGGGGGAAGAAAGAAGGGACAUCUGUGCAGUGGGGUCCUCUCGAAUCUCUGGAGACGGCCAUCCUGCCCAAGCACCGCACCAUGAAUCCUUGCCCGGUGUAUGACAAAAAGAAUGGCAUCGUUUUCCUCUUUUUCAUCUGCGUUGAAACCUAUAUUACCGAGUUGUACCAGAUCCGGACGGGGAGGAACGCGGCCAGGUUGUGUUACAUCUCAAGCCAAGACGGCGGCCGCACCUGGAGCCAAACGACUGACCUGACUGAGGAAGCGAUUGGGGACGAGAUAAAAAACUGGGCCACGUUUGCCGUCGGUCCAGGCCACGGGGUACAGUUGAGCUCCGGCCGGCUAGUUGUUCCAGCUUACGCUUACUAUAUCCAUAAGCGUUUAUUCAGCCGCCCGCUUGCUUGCUGGACCAAGCCCCAUUGCCUCACAUUUUACAGCGAUGAUGGUGGACAGAGCUGGGCACGGAGCGAACCUCUGAAGAGGCUGCGGACGUCGGAGUGCCAAGUGGCAGAGCUGACGCGCCAAGAUAGCAGUCGUGUCUUGUAUUGCAACGCACGUAGUCUCCACAAAUACCGGGCCGGGGCUCUAUGUGCUGACCGCGGGGACAAAUUUGAGAGCCCUUCCUUGUGCAAAGACUUGCGUGAAACCUCGCACGGUUGCCAGGGCAGCGUGGUGAGCUUCUCCCCCAUGCUGGAACCGUUGGAUCUGGACCAGAAGGACGAUGGAGGCGAUACGACUCCAGUGAGGGAUGCCAGCCCCUUUUUGGCCAAGUGUGUCAAGUCGUGGCUAAUGUUCUCCCAUCCCACGAACGGGCACCGGCGAGUGGACCUGGGCAUCUACCUGAACACGGACCCUUUGGAUCAGGGCUCCUGGAAAUCCCCCUGGGUGCUUAACCAAGGGCCCAGUGGCUAUUCGGACCUGGCUGUCUGCGAGGAGGGCAACUCGCAGAUGUUUGGAUGCUUAUUCGAGUGUGGGGUGUCCCACGAGUGUGAAGAAAUUGCCUUUCGGUUAUUCACCGAUGCUGAGCUUCUGCGGAACGUAACCCAAAGCCGUCAAUGCACAGUUUCUUCUGCAGAGUCUAAAUAGUGGAGAGAUAAAAUGUGGUAUAAAUAAUAAUAAUAAUAAUAAUAAUAAUAAUAAUAAUAAUAAUAAUGGUUUAGAGACUUAUGCUCAAAAGGAUUUAGUAGUUUUGAAAGAUGAGUCUAUAUCUUCAGUGUCAGUAAAGCCUUUGUUGACUUCUUUUCUUGCUGUAAUGGAAAUGCCAAAGAAUAUGAAUCUUGACCAAAGAGUAAAACAUUUUUAAGAGGACUGAAAAGACUGACUGGAAUGAUAAACAUUCAGCUUACAUGUGCAUUUUAAUGGUUUUUGUAGUGUUUCUCCUGUCUUGGAAUGAUGAGGAAUAUGUAUAAUGGGCAUUUUUUCUGCUGAAAGCAAUAGGGAAAACAGAGAAGAAAUGCUCCCUGAGUCGACAGAAAGACUUGAGAACAAAUUGAUUGUGCUUUGGUGAGUUGGAAAGAAAAAAGUGGCUUACAGAAUACCUACAACUCUUAAGUGCAAAUCUAAUAAUUUUCACUUAAUUCCCUGAAGUAGCAAGCUAUGUCAGAAAUGAAAAUGAGGGUAAUCGUAGUAGUGGUAGUAGUAACAAUAAUAAUAACAACAACAGCAACAACAACAGCAGCAUUAUUUCUAACCCGCCCUCUCUCCCUGGAGGGACUCGGGGUGGCUUACAAGGACAAAACAAAUUUGAACAUCAAACAGCAGAAAACAAUUAAAAACAAACCAUUAAAAUUUACAACUAACAGUAAUCACUAAAACAAAUAGACAAUAGGUUCUAUAAAUACCAUAAGAGAUUGAUAAAAACCUACAUAAGAAUUAACAAUAAAAACGUGGUUGUGCAAUGAGUUAAGGCAGUAUCAUGUCAGUCAGCCUCAUCAGAUAGGGUAGAAGCAAUAAGAAGUUAAUAAAAGCUGGUCAUCCUCCUCUCCGAAGGCCAAUCUAGAGAACUGUGUUUUUAGUUACUUCUUGAAGGAGAGGAGUGGGGAAGCUUUUUUUUUUUAUUAUUCCAAUGUGCCUUUGACUAAUCGUUUACAACUCGACUGGCCCUUCUACCCCUAUCUUAAUACCUGGCCUCUGUGCUUUAUUACCAGCCCCUUGUACCAACGGCCUUGCAGUAAUAUUGUACACACUCUAUUAAGUCCUGCUUUCAGCACUGAACACAGCCAUUGCAUCCGGCUAUUAGUUAUCAGUUGUUGAGCUAUGUUUUUAUGAUGUUUUUAUGUGUUAAAUUACUUCAAUUGCAAUAUAUUUUAUGCUGUUAUAUUUGAUUGUUUUCUGCGCUUGAAAGCCACAAUGGGGAGAUGGGGCGGGAUAUAAGAAUAAAGUUAUUAUUAUUUCUAGAGGGAGGGAGAAGGCCUCCUCUCUCCUUCCCAUAUAUAUUCGCUUAUCCAACAUAUUUGCUUAUCCACCGUUCUGCUGGCCCAUUUAUGUUGGAUAAGUGAGACUACUGUACAUGGAAAACAUUCAGUGCCAUAUAACAGACAUACAGACAGACAGAAACGAAGACACAGAGGCAAUUUAAUAUGUUCCAGCUUCCAUGCUUCAUGAGGGUAUGCUUGAUUCCGGCCACAGGGGGAGCUGCUGUUUCAUCAUCCACUGUGACACUGAAUCCUUGAUGGAUUACUUCCUCAUUCAUAGACACUGAUGACUGCAGUGUCGAUGUAGGUUUAUAAGCAGAGAUAAGGUAAGGCCUCCAGACUUGGGAAACUAGAGAAUUCUCACAAUUCCUUGGUUGUGUUGGGUGAAGUUGACUGGAGCAGCAAAGGUUUGACACAAUCUAACUACAGAGCUCAUUUUUUUCUUUUUUUAUUAUUACUUAACAUAUGAAUUUUAGACAACAUUGAACCGCAAUCAGACUGUGCAGAAAGCGUAACAAGUAUACAUGUUUGCACAAUUAAUGAAAGCUUACAGUAGAAUACAUAACACUUGAGUUUAAUAAACAGAAGUGAAAUGAUA